AGUGGCGGACCUGGCGACAGCGGGCCAAGUGGGCGGGGUUUUUGGGGUACAGACGGGCCUGCGGGAUAAGAUGCACCCAAAGGCCGAAACAUCAGCAGCUACAGAACGCGCUGACAAACGGAGACAGAGAAGGACCUGCUGCUGCACCUGACUUGAAUGGCACAAACAGACUUCCUGUGAUCAGCGAGAGCAUGUACAGAGCCAACAUGGAGGACAGCGAGGGGCGGAGACCUCGGGACAAACCGUCCAAUGAGAAGCAGCUGAGCAGGGAGCACAUCUCCUGUAUACAAGCCCUCCUGGAUGAGUUUCUGCAGCAGUACGGCAGUCUGAUCCCCGUCCAUGUGGACCAAGUGGUGAACAAACUGCAGGCCACGUUUAAUGAGAGCUUCUCACAUCCACACAGGAAGCUGAUGGUGCAUCGCUUAAUGGAGUCAUACCAGCGCACGUCCAGCUCCAAUCUGAUGCCAGAGUUCCGCAUAAAUUAUAAACGCCACGUUCUCACCAUGGAUGACCUGAGCACACUGUACGGCCAGAACUGGCUCAAUGACCAGGUGAUGAACAUGUAUGGGGAUUUGGUGAUGGAUGCCGUACCUGAUCAGGUUUACUUUUUCAACAGUUUCUUUUAUGACAAGUUGAGGAAAAAAGGAUACGAUGGUGUGAAGCGGUGGACAAAAAACGUGGAUAUUUUCCAGAAAAAGGUCCUGCUCAUUCCCAUCCAUCUGGAGGUGCACUGGUCUCUGCUGUGUGUGAACGUUCCUCAGCGCACCAUCACCUACUUCGACUCCCAGAGGACCCUGAACCGCCGCUGUGCAAAGCACAUGGCCGUGUAUCUCCGUGUCGAGGCGAAGAAGAGAGAGCAGAGGGAGUUCUACACGGGGUGGAGAGCGUUCUUUAAAAUGAAUAUAGCAAGGCAGAAUAAUGACAGUGACUGUGGAGCAUUUGUCCUGCAGUACUGUAAGAGUUUGGCGCUGGAGAAGCCGUUCACGUUCACGCAGAGGGACAUGCCCAGACUACGCCGAGAAAUGUACAAGGAGCUCUGUCACUGUAAACUCACACUCUGACACACACACACACACACACACAUCCUUCAACAUUCCCUCUCCAACACCUCCAAAGUGGCACAGAUAGACAGAGAGAGAGUGAGACAGCUCGUCCUGCAGUGAGACAUGCCGUUCCUCCUGUUCACUCUGAGUUCAUGUUGUUAAAUUUGCUGAAAUUAAUUGGUUUAAUCUCCACGUCGGGUAACGAGGUGUUUUUUCAUAAACUGAAACUGUGACUCGUGCCUGACUUUUCCUUUAGUUCAUGUGUUUUGUAAGUUUCUUUAGCGUUUUAAUUUUCUGCACGGUUGUUUGUUUGUUUGUUUGUUUGUUUUUUUGUUAAAGUGGUUGUGUGGUUUGAGUUCACACUCGCUGUAAAUGAAACUGUUUUAUAUGAUUCCUGUUGUGUACAUUAACAUGUUA